AUGGGGAUCGACGCGGCGUUCGCCGCCGAUCGCCAGAUUCCUCUUGGCGACAACAAUCACGUUCCUGUUCGUGAAAAUGAUUUGUCCAGAAAGCAAAGAUCUGGUAUUCUUAAAAUUAAUGAGCUUUCAAAAGUAAAGCUAAAGAAAUCUUCGAUUGUUCUUGGAAAAGACAAAUUACAAUUGUCUAUGGUAGUAAAGGUAUUUGGAGGAAAUUAUCCGGUCUUUGAAGUUGCUAAGGAGCUUCGUCGACAAUGGAGCCAAUUUGGGAAGUUUCAUAUAACUUCUCUUGGGCUUGGAUGGACUUUAUGUUCCUUUUUUGAUAAAACAGCUGUUGAUAAAGUUUUGGAAGGUGGUCCAUGGUAUGUGAAUGACCAUAUAGUGGGAAUAGACAAAUGGUCCCCUUUAUUUUCUCCUACCUCCUUAAAAGGUCUAUCAUCCCCUAUAUGGGUUAGAUUUCCUCAUCUACCAUUGAUUUGUUGGGAUGAAGAAAAUGUUACUAGAAUAUCCAGCAAGAUCGGAGUUCCAUUGCGGAUUGUUGGCAAUAUGUUCCAAUGGAGCAAAAGGGAGUAUGCUAGAAUCUGCGUUCGUAUGCAACUGGAUCAAUAA